GUUAGUGUGUCGUCCUUAAACACCACAUGCACUGUCAUUUCACUUGGUGCUUUCUGAAAUGUCCUGAGAAAAGCUUACAGAUGCAGAAACAUUGUAUGUUAACCUUAUCUCGGGGAGGUGGCCAAGUGGAGGAUUAAUCAAUAUAUUGUAGAAGGUAUUGAGGCUAAUACAAGUCUCAGUUCAAGGAUAAAUUACCGUGGCAUAAUAAUGCAGUAAAGCUGUAUGAGAUGUAAUAAUUUUGCUACACCUUUAUGUGAGGUUCUGGAAAAAGAUCUGGCUAUAUUUGGUUUCUUUAUUGCUUUGGGAAGAAGCACACAGGCUUUUCUUUCUGAAAAUGGAUUUGGUACUCUUGACGAGCCCGUUGAAGAAUUAAUUAGGUAUCUAAUUGGGGGCAGCGUACUAUAUUAUCCUCAACUUUCAUCAAUAAGCUCUUAUCAACUGUACGUGGAGGUUGUGUGUGAAGAGCUAGACUGGCUUCCUUUUUAUCCAGGCAUUACUUCUAAUUCCAUCCGCACUAUUGGGCACAAAAGUAAACAAGAAGGUGCUCCAAAUUUGGAAGCUAUCUCACUAGUAUUAGAUGUGUGUUCUUACUGGACCCAGAGUUUCAUCAAAUACAGUAAAUGGCUGGAGAACCCUUCUCAUGUCAAGGCAGCAAGAUUUCUUUCAACUGGGCAUAACAAGCUUAAGAAGUGCAGGGAAGAUCUUGGAAUUGAGAAGUAAGUUAAAAAUGUGCUAAUGCUGACUUUCUUCCUCCCCC